AUGUCGUCAGCAGAAUGGAAAUCUUCCCCAAGAGCUUUCCGGACCUCCGGAUUUGAGCUGUUAGACCCACGCGUAAAAAUCGAGGAAGAAACAUUGCCAACAUACACCCCUGAAAAAUAUUACCCAGUCCGACAAGGGGAGAUUUUCAAUGAACGAUACCAAACCCUAGCCAAAGUGGGGUACGGCGUCACUUCUACCGUUUGGCUCGCCCGUGAUCUAUGCGAGUCCACAUACGUCAUCCUAAAGAUCUAUGUUUCCGGUCAAGGAAGGGAGCAUGAAUUGAACGUCUAUACGCAUAUCGACUGCAUUGAAACAGACCAUCCCGGCAAAAAGUUCGUUCGCAAAUUGUUCGAUCAUUUCUAUGUUGACAAAUGUGGACUUCGCCAUCUUUGCCUGGUUCACCAACCUUUGGGCGUCAAUACGUCCGAUUUUCUGCGGCUUAGAAAUGGACGACGAGUGACGCUGGAAAGUAUGAAGUCUAUCAUCCGUCAACUUCUCGGUGCCUUGGACUUUCUACAUUCUGUGGCCGGUCUCAUUCAUACUGAUAUCCAGCUGAACAAUCUUCUUCUUCCCACACCGUCUCCUGCCGCGCUUUCUGCCUUUGAGGAGCAAGAAUUGCACAGGCCCGCACCGAGGAAGAUUCUUGGAGACCGAACGAUCUACACAACCUCCCACCUCCCUGCGGGAGACGGUCUCCCUCUUCUUAGUGAUCUAGGAGAGGCCCGCUUUGGUGACGAGGAUCAUUCCGAGAGUAUCAUGCCCGACUACUAUCGCGCUCCUGAAGUCAUCCUGAAAUCGAAUUGGGAUUAUAAAGUCGAUAUCUGGAGUGUGGCCAUGGUGGCAUGGGAUCUAGUCAGCCCGAACACCAUCAUUGAGGGUAAAGUCAUCGAUGGCAUAUUUGACGACGGGGCUCAUAUCGCAGAACUUGUUGCCUUGCUUGGGCCUCCACCGCCGGAGUUCCUCAAGAAAAUGGACAUGAGCUGGGUGUUCUGGGAUGAAUCCGGGAACUGGAAGAACUUGGUUCCACUUCCCGACCGAAUGUUCGAGAAGUUGGUCGUCAACAUUCAAGGCGAGGAUGUUGAAGGGCUUUUGGGGUGGUUGCGGCGAGCCUUGCAAUGGGACCCUGCAGAUCGUCCAACGGCGCUGGAGCUAUUGAUGGACCCGUGGCUAAUGAAAGGGCUCAAGCUGCGAAAGAGGCCCGAGGAUAAACCUCAUGAUGAUUGA